AUGUCGGUCACACACGAUCAAAAUGAACUGCGCCAGAUCGAGGCCGAACUCCACACGGAGAUCCUGCCCGGCACCGAGAUCAUGGCAGACGUCGGCGCCCACCACUUCGUCAAAGGCGCUCACCGCACUGUUCUCGUCCCGCAGCCCUCGGACUCACCAAAUGAUCCGCUUAACUGGAGCACGGCGUGGAAGAUCGCCUGUAUUACGAGCGCGAGCGUGGUGACGUUUACGCAAGGGUUUGGACCACUGGCGUUGGCGCCUGCGGUCCCGAUCAGCACAUCCUUCGGUCGUCGUCCCGUUUAUCUUAUUUCUCAACUCAUCAACUUCGGAACUUCCAUAUGGCGUGCCAAGGCCAACUCUUACGGUUCCUUCAUGGGUGCCUGUGUUGUGAACGGACUUGGGGCCGGACCAGCUGAGACUAUCAUGCCUGCAGUCAUCGCGGACAUCUUCUUCUUGCACGACAGAGGCAAAUGGAACACGCUUUACUGGGUCGUCUACAUGGGCUCUCUGAUGGUCGGACCCAUCAUCAACGGCGCCAUGGUCGAGACUGUUGGCUGGAGGAGCUUCUGGUGGUUCAACACCGGUAUUCUUGGACUGAGCUUUCUCAUGGUCGUUUUCAUGUUCCCGGAGACAAGAUUUCCUCGAGAACAUCCCGAAGCUACGCAAGUUGCUCCUGCGAAGACGAGUCCUGCGGCAUCUUCUACGGAAAAGGGGCACACGGCGCACAACGACGACGUCGAUGUAGAACAAGAGAAGAUCCAACACGUACCUACAGCGAGUUCAGCACUUCCGAACACGGAGGAAGGUCUUACACGCGAGGAAACGGCCGCGCGCGAUCCGUACCUGGGCAAGGGCAAGCCCAGUAAAGGGCAGUGGGGUCUUUUCCAGAAGAACGCUCAUCCAUUCAAGAGCAUUCUGUUGGACCUGUGGAUUCCCUGGAAGCUUUUCGCUUUCCCAAUUGUCGAGUUCGCAAGUUUUGUGGUAUCAUGGAGUUGCAGUUCGUUUUUGACGCUGAACUUGACGCAAAGUCAGGCUUUUGCGGCACCGCCGUACAACUUCAAGCCUCUAUCUAUCGGCUUCAUGAACUUCGCAGUACUAGUAGGCGCCUUCAUCGGACUGUUCACCGCCGGUCCUCUUUCCGACUGGCUCUCCGCACGCUCUACACGCCGCAACAAUGGCAUCCGUGAGCCCGAGAUGCGUCUCCCAGCCAUGAUACCCUAUAUCAUCAUCAUGUAUCUCGGCAACAUCAUCGUGUCAGUCGGAUACGACAAUCAUUGGCCCUGGGAAGCUAUCGUCAUCAUCGGCUACACCUGCGCAGGCAUCCAAGUUGCCGCCAUCCCCGGCAUCGUUAGUACCUACGCGGUCGACAGCUACAAACCCGUCGCAGGCAGCUUGUUCGUCAGCAUCACAGUGAACAAGAACGUUUGGGGUUACGGGUUCAGCAAGUUUAUCACGCCUUGGGCGGAGGAGGCGGGCUUUGUGCCGCCGAUUAUGACGAAUGCGAGUUUGAUCUUGCUGUGGUGUUUGUUUACGGGGUUGUUUUGGUGGAAGGGGAAGACGUUUAGGAGGUGGAGCAGGAAUAGUAAGGUGCAUAGGAUGUAA